AUGAAAAAUACUGCUACACGUAAUACUAGGAGCUCAUCACGAUCGCUUGAUUUGCGGUCCCGAAGAGAAUCGGCGCGCUCGUCAUCGUCGCGAAAACCCAAAGCGCCUCAGCGAACCAGCUUCAGUCGAGCCAGUGAAGAUGAUGCUCAAUUUGUGCCGCCAAGCAAAUGUCGAUGCGAAUCGUGCCAGCUGCGCACUCCGAGCGCCGCGUAUCAGCUGGAGCGAGAUCGCAUUGUUGCGAGCCGGCGCAAUGUGCUGAAGGAGAUCGAUCAGAGUAUCGACGAUAUGAUCAGCGAUCUGGAGCAACUGGUCAAGUUCCAGUCGAUUUCGGUGGAGCCGGAGAAGCUCCUGGAAAGCUGCAAGGCUCUCGAUUGGAUGGCGAAUCGAUUGACCGAUCUGAAGUUUAAGACCUAUGACUAUCCCAUAGCCGAUAAUCCGAGCAACUGUUUUGCGGAUCCGCAUCAGAAGGUGCUCUUCGCCAGAUACUUCUCCUCGCCCAGCAAGAACACGCUGCUGAUCUACGGGCACUUGGAUGUGCUGCCCGUUCAGAUCGAUUGCUGGAUAAGCGAUCCCUUCAAGCUGAUAGCCAAGGAUAAUUUACUCUACGGCCGAGGCGUUACGUCCGGCAAAGGCAUGAUUGUGGGCUGGCUGCAGGCCAUCGAAUGCUGGCUCAAGGUCCAUAACGAUCUGCCCAUCAACAUCAAAUUCAUUGUGGACAUGCUGCACGAGGUGGGCAGCACCGGCCUGCAGACUCACAUCACGGCGAAAAGCGACUUCUUUGUGGACGUGGACUUCGUGGUGUUUGAUGUGAACUCGUGGGUGAACAAUAUAAAUCCCAUCGUACCCUGCAGCCUCACCGGCUGGGCUCACUUUGGCGUGGAGGUGCGCGGCGCCAACAAGAAUCUAGAGAGCGGUCUGGCCAGUGGCCUCGUCUAUGAGCCAAUGAUUGAUCUGUGCCAUCUAAUGAAUGGGCUGGUCAACGACGAGCAUGAAAUCCAAAUACCCGGCAUCGAAAUCAAUACGAAGCGCCUAAGCACGGCCGAAUGGCAUCUACUCGAAUCAGCCGAGUUUCGGACCUAUGAGUACCGGGAGGAUCUAUUCGUGCGCCGGCUAAGGUUUGAGGAUAACAAGGUUGAGUUUCUACAGAAUCGUUGGUGCAAGCCCACGCUGACCAUGCACGGGGUCGUGGGCGCCGACAGCCAUCCGGGAUGUCGUCGCAUUCUGCCAAUGAAAGUGAUAGGCAAAUUCUCCAUCAAACUGGUGCCCGACCAGGAGGUCAAACACGUAUUCAACCUCGUCAAGGAUCAUAUGCGGUUUCUGAAAGUCGAGCUGAAUGUGAGCACUCAGCUCAAUGUGCAUUUGCUGGAUGGCAUAGACCCGCUUUCUUGGACGACGGACUCGAAACUAAUCAAGGCCGUCUGUCGCGCCGUGGAAUCCGUCUACGAAAGGGACGUGAUUACCACGCACGCCAUACCCAUCUGUCUGCCCAUCGCCAACGUGCUGCAAAAACUGGUCAACAAGCCGAUCAUCCUGCUGCCCUACUCAAAGCGCAUAGAUAAGCACCACCAUGAGAACGAGAGCAUUGAGAGCUUGAACGUCUCGCGCCACACCAAAACCUGUGCCGCGCUCUUCGCUGAGCUGUCGACGCUGCGCCCCAAGUGCAAGUGCAAUGUGCUCUACCAAUACUGCAAUUUGCGUGGUGUUCAGGAGAUUUUGGAUGCCGAGCGUAACGUGGAUUUAAAUGAAGUUGCCGUCGAGAAAAAAUGGUAUCAAUUCACGCAAAAAGCUGCCUCGAGCGAUGAUCACCCCACACGGUCCAGAGCCAGAUCCACCACAUAUACCUUGAAGAAAUAUUUACUAUUGCCCUUCAGAUGCAAGAGAAAGAUUAAGAGGAGACAUACCCAAUCGACUUGA